GUAGGAAACGUCCACGACUAGGGCAAGUUCCCUCGGCUUUCACCCUCCAACUGGCUUGCAGUUCCUGCGCGCGCGUGCAGUUUAUCUCCCUCGUCGAUUCCUUGCUAUACGAAAAACCUAAUGAACUCCCUGUCAAAAACCAACUAAAGUUAACUCUCGGCUUUCUUCUCUUCGUUCCCAUCUCUGCGAUUAACUAUCUUCAACUCGUACGAAAUAAUUACUGAUCAAAUCGUCUCUUCCUAAUCUGUGUUUUUGUGAAAGAUGCAAUUGUACGACGGGAAUUUCGAGCUGAAGGAGAUUCAGAAACUCGAAGGCCACACUGAUAGGGUUUGGAGUCUCGCGUGGAAACCGGCCACCGGAGUUGGCGGUAUACCUCCUGUUUUUGCUUCUUGUAGUGGCGACAAGACCGUUCGAAUCUGGGAGCAGGAUCCCUCCACUCGGUCCUGGGACUGCAAGGAAGUUUUGGAAGAAACACACACUAGAACUGUUCGUUCAUGUGCUUGGUCACCAUCAGGCAACCUGUUGGCCACUGCAAGCUUUGAUGCCACCACUGCUAUUUGGGAAAACGUUGGAGGUGAUUACGAAUGCAUUGCCACCUUAGAGGGACAUGAAAAUGAAGUUAAAAAUGUGUCUUGGAAUGCUUCUGGAUCUCUGCUUGCUACUUGUAGUCGAGAUAAAUCUGUUUGGAUUUGGGAAGUGAUGCCUGGGAAUGAAUUUGAGUGUGCUUCAGUGUUGCAAGGACAUACACAAGACGUGAAAAUGGUCCAAUGGCAUCCAACAGUGGAUGUUUUAUUUUCUUGUAGCUAUGACAACACUGUUAAGGUCUGGGCAGAGGAUGGUGAUGGUGAUUGGAGCUGCGUUCAAACUUUAGGUGAAUCCAACAAUGGUCACUCUUCUACUGUUUGGGCACUUUCUUUUAAUGCUGGUGGAGACAAACUGGUUACCUGUAGUGAUGAUCUUACUUUGAAGAUAUGGGAAACAGAUAUCGUAGCAAUGCAAUCUGGUGACAGCUAUGCACCUUGGAAUCAUCUUUGCACUCUCUCAGGCUACCAUGAUCGAACAAUCUUCUCAGUUCACUGGUCAAGGGAAGGUAUUAUAGCCACUGGAGCAGCUGAUGAUGGCAUACGAUUUUUUGUGGAGAGCAAAGAUGAUUUGGUUGAUGGACCUUUAUAUAAGUUGCUAUCGAAGAAAGAGAAGGCCCAUAACAUGGAUGUAAACUCAGUUCAGUGGGGCCCUGGGGAAAAUCGUCUACUUGCUUCUGCUAGCGAUGAUGGUACAAUCAAGAUAUGGGAGCUGGCACAAUUAAACUAAUUCAAUUUUUAUUUACCAUUUUCAAUACCAUUUUUUAUGAUGUGUAUUAUUUCAUAACAUUGUAAAAUGCCAUUCUGAAUCGGGUGCGGUUGCAGUUCUGUAAAAUAAAAUAAAUUAUUUUGUGCUUUAGGCACCUGUGGCAAUGACUGGAGAGAAGGUUAUAAUUUUUGGUUUAUGGAUAAAUGCUGGGUAUCAAUUUUUACCUUGAAACUUUAUCUUGAUUCUCA